CGACCUCCCCCAAGGCUCUCGACACCAAAGCCAACAAUUAAAAUCAGAUAGUCGGGAAGCAAUCUCCUCCACCCUUGGAACCUACGUGGCACAACUUCCCCGGCCGUGGGGCCAUCUUAUAACAAUCGCGCUUCACCCAAACAACCGCCCUUAACCAGCCCGCAACCCCGAACCACACCCCCUUCUCUCGCAAUGGCCGAGGCCACCCUCCACAACGCCCCAAUUGUCAUCGACAAUGGCAGCGGGACCAUCCGCGCCGGCUUUGCAGGCGAAGAAAUCCCCUCAUGCUUCUUCCCGUCGUUCGUCGGCCGCCCAAAACACCCGCGGGUGAUGGCCGGCGGUCUAGAAGGCGACGUCUUCAUCGGACAGCGAGCACAGCAGCUGCGCGGUCUCCUGAAGAUCCGGUACCCCCUCGAACACGGCAUCGUAACGGACUGGGACGACAUGGAGAAAAUCUGGCACUACGUGUACGAAAAUGAGCUGAAGACGCUGCCCGAAGAGCACCCCGUCCUCCUGACUGAACCGCCGCUCAAUCCCCGCAAGAACCGCGAUACGGCCGCCCAGAUCAUGUUCGAAACAUUUAAUGUCCCGGCCCUGUAUACGUCUAUUCAGGCGGUGCUGUCGCUGUACGCGUCUGGGCGCACGACCGGUGUGGUCUUGGAUUCAGGGGAUGGGGUCUCCCAUGCGGUGCCGGUGUUUGAGGGUUUUGCGAUCCCGAAUAGUAUACGGAGGAUUGAUGUGGCGGGGCGAGAUGUGACGGAGCAGUUGCAGUUGUUGCUUCGGAAGAAUGGGCAUGUGUUGUAUACGAGUGCUGAAAAGGAGGUGGUGCGCAUGAUUAAGGAGCAGGUGUGCUAUGUUUCGUUGGAUCCGAAGCGCGAGGAGAAGGAGUGGAUGAAUAGUUAUCACAAGUCGGAGACGAAGGCUGUGGAUUACAGGUUGCCUGAUGGACAUCGGAUCAAGGUUGGACAAGAGCGCUACCGCGCUCCUGAGAUCCUUUUCGACCCUGAACUCAUCGGUUUGGAGUACCCCGGUGUUCACCAGAUCGUUCAGGAUGCUAUUACCCGCACGGAUCUGGAUUUGCGCAAGGACCUAUAUCUCAACAUUGUUCUUUCGGGAGGCUCAACGCUGUGCAAGAAUUUCCCGGACCGAUUGAUGCGCGAGAUCAAGCGGUUGGCUGUGGAAGACAUGAAGAUUCGAAUCUCUGCGCCGUCCGAGCGGAAAUACACGACCUGGAUCGGUGGAGGAAUCCUGGCCGGUCUGAGCACGUUCCGCAAGAUGUGGGUUAGCGCAGAUGAAUGGCACGAAGACCCGGAGAUCAUCCACCGCAAGUUCGCCUAAUGUUGCAUCCGUAUAUUGAACCGCAAGACGGCAUACGCGACGCCAGUCAUUCACCAUGCGCAGACAGCGCAACAGUCACCGAAUGAAGCCGAAAAUACAUUAAGUGAUAUUACCGAGAAGCCACGAACCCUCGAUAGAAACGUCAGCUGCUGUUGUCUGCAGAUCAGCAGCAGCUUUUGAUACCCCUCUUUUGUCUUCUUCCAUGCUACCAAGGGCCAUAUCGCUCCUACCACCCUCUCAUCCAACCCUGAUAUUCCCAUGGCAGACAGAUAACGUCAUGUCUUCAUAUCAUUCCAUUCCAUUCUUCACGAUCACGGAUGAAUCGGCCGUGUUUCAUCUUCUCUGGCUUGCCUAAUUGUUAUGCCUGACCCCUGUCAAGUGGUCGGUCGACUUGAAUUAAGCCUUGUAAAUAUCGGAAUAGAUAAAUGAAUCUUUAUGAAUUGCA